GUGGAAGAUGCCUAAACGGUUGAAGGAGGAUAUGUGGAACGUUGUAAAGGUAAAACCCUUCAAUGAUAUUAAAAUAAUUUUUAUGAAAAAAGUGGAUUAACAUGCAACAAUUAUCACACUUUCAGGGAAAGUAUGAUGUGGGAAUCCUGUCAAAACAUUGGAUAAUAUCCUCCAUCGGAAAAAAAUGGAGGGGCUACAAGUGUGAAUUAAAAAGUGAAUAUUACUCGGUUAGGGAUACAGAUGCAGAAAGAUUGGCAAACCCACCACCUGAUGUUGAAAAGGAGCAUUGGGAAUUUUUGGUUAGGCAUUGGGGUACACCUAUUGCGAAGGAGGUCAGUAAAAAAAACAAAGAACGUUGUGGGAAGCAGACAAUGAUGCAUACUACAGGGACAAAAAGCUUUGCACGUGUUUCUGCCGAGAUUGAGGAAGACGAAGGUAUUCAACUUUCUCGUGCAGAUUUAUUCAUUCGCACACAUGUAAAUAAGGAUGGCAAAGCUACUGAUGCUGCUGCUUCAGAGAUGAUUGUUAGUUUUCAUGCUUCCAUUUUGCAAAAAGGGGGUCACGUGCCUUGAAGUGACCAAUUUUUAAACUCUUUGCGGUGUAUUAGGGGGUCACAUGCCUUGAAGUGACCAAUUUUUAAAUCAUCGGCCCGUGUGGAGGCAUUUUAAUUUCAUUGUUUAUCAUCGGCCCGUGUGGAGGCAAUUUACUUUCUUAUAUUUGUUGAAAAGCAUGGGAGUAUGGGAUCAUUAUAUGUGGAGGCUUCUUGUUGAUUGAUUUGUGUUGUGGAGAAGUAUUUGCUAUUUGUUGUUUGUGUCAAUGUGUCAAUCAUA